AUGGACGACAAAACAAAUUAGGAAGGGGCUGAGUAAUUAGUGAUAUUCGAAGAAAAAAUCACAACAGUGAAUGGAUAGGUGGCAAUUAAGAAAUAUCAAAGGGGGAAGUUUUUGGGGAAAGGAGGAUUUGCAAAGUGUUAUGAGGCUACAAACCUUGAAACGAAGAGGGUUCUUGCGGCCAAGAUUAUUGUUAAGAAUAGUUUAACGAAGAAUAGGGCCCGUUAAAAACUUAUUUCUGAAAUAAAAAUACAUAAGAGUUUGUAGAACACAAACAUAGUACAAUUUGAACAUGUGUUUGAGGAUCAUGAGAAUGUGUACAUUUUAUUGGAAUUGUGUUCAAAUUAAACCUUGAAUGAAUUGAUAAAACGAAGAAAGAGAUUGACUGAAAUUGAAGUCCAAUGCUAUGUGGGUUAGAUAAUAAACGCAUUAAAAUAUCUUCAUGCCUAGAAGGUGAUCCAUAGAGAUCUUAAAUUGGGUAACUUAUUUUUGAAUAAAUCAAUGGAAUUAAAAUUGGGAGAUUUUGGUUUGGCAACAAAGUUGGAAUUCGAAGGAGAAAAGAAAAGGACAAUCUGUGGAACUCCCAAUUACAUAGCUCCUGAAGUCUUGGAUGGAAGAGUGGGCCAUUCCUUUGAAGUAGAUAUUUGGUCAUUGGGAGUCAUAAUGUAUGCAAUGUUGAUUGGCAAACCUCCCUUUGAAACUCCAGACGUCAAGACUACCUAUAGAAAGAUAAAGCUAAAUUAAUACUCUUUCCCAGAACAUGUCUUGAUAUCAGACCCAGCCAAAAGUCUGAUCACCAGAAUUCUAAACUUGGAUCCAACAUAGAGACCCACUCUGGAUGAGAUUAUGGCUCAUCCAUUCAUGAACACUGGAGGCACAAUCCCUAAAACAUUGCCUUUGUCAACCUUGGCAUGUCCUCCCUCAGCUUCUUAUAAUAAAUAAUUUUAACCAUCCACAAACACUAGCAACUUGAAAAUGUCCACCAAUGUAUUACCAUAGAGAUUAACUGAGACUACUCCUAAUAAUCCAAAAAAUGUCUAAAAGUAGACCAAUGGAUCUUCUGAUCGUUUCCCUUUAUAGAAACCAAGUUCAAGUGGAAACAUUAUGGAUGAUAAUUUCGGAUCCAGUGGUCUUAACAAUGCACAGAAUGUUGGUUAUGGCGGAACUCAGAGACCCUAGUCUCAAAAGCCAAAUGACAUCAGAAAUAGUUAGAGUUAAAAGACUCUUUCUUAACCUUUUGGGGGAACAGGAAUGCAAGGCGCUUAGUCUGUCAAUAAUUUGGGAGUGAAACAAAAUUAGGCGAAGUCAGAGGUAUACGUUAAGAAAUGGGUUGAUUACUCAAGUAGAUAUGGAUUAGGUUAUUUGUUAAGUAAUGGGGCUAUUGGAGUUUUCUUUAACGAUUCUACUAAGAUCGUUCUGGAUACCAAGACAUUUAAAUUUGACUACAUGGAGAGAAAAGGAUAAGAUAGGCAAGACAUCUGUGAAACCUACAAUCUUAAUACCUACAAUCUUGAUAUUUAUCCAUAAGAUUUAAGGAAGAAGGUUACUCUUCUUCAGCAUUUCAGGGAUUAUUUGGAACCAGAACCUCAAACUGCUGCAAGUGAAGAAAAUGAAACUAAAUCAUUAGUUUAUGUUAAGAAAUGGAUGAAAACCAGACAUGCAAUUAUGUUUAGGCUAUCCAAUAAGAUUGUCUAAGUUAAUUUUACAGAUAAGACUGAAAUUAUAUUGUCCUCUGAACACAAGAUGGUUACUUAUGUGAACAAAAAUGGCGACCGAAGUCAUUAUCCUUUGGCAACAGCUCUUGAUAGUUAAAAUACAGAGAUGUCUAAAAGAUUGAAGUACACAAAAGAAAUACUAACUCACAUGUUAAAUAGUGGUUAGAAUGCUGGAGAAACUAACUCUAACUCUAACAAUUAACGUUCAAAUCCUAGCUGGUAAAAUCCUUGAAUAAAAGAUAUUCUGAUAACUAUAAUAAAAAAAUAGUUUUGUUAAUUUAUUCAAAUUUU